AUGGGGGAUCAUUUUGUGUUGCUGGUGAAUCGUUUGAUUACUGAAUCCACCUUAGAAGCUGCAAUUGAGAGCAGAAACCUGUCGAUGCAAGCAACAGCAUCAACAGUUGAUGACCCAAAAAUUGAUAAAGCUUUGCACAAAGUGGAUUUUGAGGAUAUAUCGACUCCAAGGAAGUUGGUGGAGUGCAGGAUAUGCCAAGAUGAGGAUGCAGAUUCUAAUAUGGAGACACCAUGUUCCUGUUGUGGCAGCUUGAAGUAUGCUCAUCGCAGGUGUGUACAGAGGUGGUGUAAUGAGAAGGGUAACACUAUAUGUGAGAUAUGCCACCAGGAGUUCAAGCCUGGUUAUACAGCACCACCACCCCUGUUCCAAAUUGGGUUUCCAAUGAACUUCAGGGGAAAUUGGGAGACUUCUAGAAGGGAGUUAAAUGGUCCUCGCUUCAUAGCAAUGGUCUCAACUGAACGUAACUUCCUGAAUUCUGACUAUGAUGAGUAUUCAGCUUCAACUACAAGAAAUGCCAUCUACUGCCGCUUGAUCGCUGUAGUUUUCAUGGUUCUUUUAAUUCUAAGGCACACUCUUCCCCUCAUUCUCAAUGGAACCAACAAUAUCUCAUUCCCAGUGUUUAUGUUUUUAUUUCUGCGAACUGCUGGGAUUAUUCUUCCAAUCUAUGUCAUUUUGAAGACAGUAACUGCUCUCCAGCGUCGCCGCCUCCAUCAGGAGCCUCCAAAUUCAUCACUUCAUUCAUACAAUGAAGAUGCUGAGCAUUCAGCCCUGCAGCCUCGGCCACAUAUAAUAAAUGUUCAUUAG